CAGGGACUCCGGCUGAGUUGGUGUGCUGGGGCACGCCUGGCGCAACCCGCUCCUUUCUGAAUCCGAGUCCACGUCCCUCGGAGGCUGCAACUAUGAAGGAGAGCGGGCGCCUCAGCCAGUGGUGGUCAGAUGAAGCUCGUGCUGGUGGGAGAUGUGCAGUGUGGGAAGACAGCGAUGUUACAGGUGCUAGCGAAGGACUGCUAUCCGGAGACUUAUGUGCCUACAGUGUUUGAGAAUUACACAGCUUGUUUGGAGACAGAGGAACAGAGAGUUGAGCUUAGUCUCUGGGAUACAUCAGGAUCUCCCUACUAUGACAAUGUCCGCCCACUCUGCUAUAGCGACUCAGAUGCAGUAUUACUAUGCUUUGACAUCAGCCGUCCAGAGACAGUGGACAGUGCCCUCAAGAAGUGGAGGACGGAAAUCUUAGAUUAUUGUCCCAGCACCCGUGUUUUGCUUAUUGGUUGCAAGACAGACCUGAGAACAGACCUGAGCACACUGAUGGAGCUGUCCCACCAGAAGCAGGCACCUAUCUCCUAUGAGCAGGGAUGUGCAAUAGCCAAGCAGCUGGGUGCAGAAAUCUACCUGGAAGGCUCAGCUUUCACCUCAGAGAAGAGUGUCCACAGCAUCUUUCGGAUGGCAUCCAUGGUGUGUUUGAACAAGCCCAACCCAGUGCCCCCGAAGAGCCCUGUCAGAAGCCUCUCCAAGCGACUACUCCAUCUCCCCAGUCGCUCUGAACUCAUCUCUUCUACCUUCAAGAAGGAAAGGCCAAAAGCUGUUCCAUUAUGUGAAGUGGGAGUUGGAAGGGGGAGACAACCCCCCCACUUCCUCCCUUGGGGUGCAGAGGCACGGGGAAGAGGGAGGAUGAGACAAUUUAGGACACUGGACAUGAGUUUUCAGAUGGCCAAUGUGAGGGCUUGGAAGGAGAAAGGAAUGGGAUGAGGAAGGAUCCAGGCCUGGCAUGAGGACCUGACACUUUGCAAGAACCAUCACUCCCCAAGCCAGGCACUAGGUUUGCAGGGGGUAGUUGCCCCAGUGCCCCUCAUUCCAGAGAAAGGAAAGAUGUGGGGGGAUGGGGUGGCAUGUUGGCCUCAUGGACUUGGGGGCCUACAGGAGCCUCACCUUCAGCAUCAUGCCUGUUCCACACAGUGUUUCCAUGCAGCCUGGGAGAUGAGAGGGGUCCCUGAGCUCUUCUCUUCCCGUCUAAGCAGAGGAAUGAAGAGUGGGGAAGCCAAGAGGCAGCUCUCUUGGGAGCUUAGCCCGGGUGCUUUGCAAUGAAAUCAGAGGGGCAGGGGCUGGUCAGAGCUGAUGAGAAGGAAACCUCAUCUUUGCAUAGCCUCAUAGAGAGGUGACAUCACAUUCACAUGCUUCUCACCUAAGUCCCCAGGGUCCAAGGGAGAAGCCCCAGACCCCCUUCUCUUGAAGAGUGUGGGGGUGGUGGUGCUGCAGGGGCAGGGCCGGGUGGGGGUCACCAGACUUUUCCUGCCCUUCGGGCAGUACAGCUGGCAUUUGUUUUAUAGACUCUUGUCUUUGGAAUUGGGGGGGAGGGGGGAGUGUUUCAAUCUGUUAUAUGUUCUGUGUUUAAAGAAGAAAACCUAUUUAUUAAUGAAAAAUAUAACACAUAUAAUAAGUUGACUCUAUUUUAUUUG